CGUAAACCUUACAUGUGUGAUCCGAUCAAGCACCACAUAUCCUCAAAUGCAGAAGAGGACGUUAAAGCAAAAUAUAUCUGUAACGUCACUAUCGUAUUGUUCUAUUGUUUGCCCGCGACAAAAACUUUUUGCUGAUCUAUAACUGUAUAGCACAGAACCGCAACAAAUUGCGUGAUAUUUCGUACGAUCAUGAGCGGCACAAGCAGCCCGAUUCAAUCCUUCUAUAAAAAUAAGACCAUUUUUGUUACCGGCGCUACCGGUUUUAUGGGAAAGGUCCUUUUAGAGAAACUAUUGUACAGUUGUUCCGAUCUCGACAAAAUCUACUUCCUCGUACGACCUAAGAAAGGACGCAGUAUCGAACUCAGGCUCGACGACAUGUUCAAGUUACCUAUAUUUCACAGAAUACAUCAAGAGAAAGGUCAUGUCUUGAAGAAAUUGCAGCCGCUGGACGGUGACAUAACUAUGCAUAAUCUGGGCCUUACCGAUGAACAGCAGGAAACACUGAUGAAAGAAGUGCAUAUAAUAUUUCACUUCGCCGCAUGUCUUCGAAUGGAAGCGAAAUUGAAAGAUGCCGUCGAGUUAAACAUGGUAAAAUAUAACUCGUAAAAAUACCUCCUAUUGCGCUUUCUUGUGCACUUUAUUAUUAUUUUUAACCCUUUGAGUACAAAGCAGCCCUACGAAAAACUUGUCAAAUAUCUCGUCUACAGUUGGCGAUAUCAGGUAGAGUAAAGAUAAGUUAGUGUUCCACACUGAAAAUAAUAUAACUCCCGACUCAAUUGCAGCUAAUUGCUGCAAGCUGAGACAACAUGCAAAUGAAAAUCCUUGAAAACGUCGGUGGAAUAAUAAUAAAUUCUAAACGCGUAUAAUGCGUUCAAGGUAUUAAUAAUCACGCGUGUUGAACUUAGUCGUCUGAAUAUUACACUACUGCAAGUGUAAUCUGUUAUCUAACUUAGAUAUGCACUACUUUGCGUAUUAUAUGUGCGACUAACGUAUGUGUCUGCAAUGUUACUUACUUAAUUUAACUUAUCAAAAUUAUUCAUCGUUUAUUGGACAAACAAUCCCAGGUGUCCGAAUUUGUGCGUGAUUUUAUCCACUGUGUGAUAACGAGUAUUAAUUAACAAAUUAAAGAAUUUACAGUGAACGGACAAUAGAUUUAAUUCUGAUAUUUUCACACGUGCAAAGCUUUAACGAAUUAUCGCGAUUUUU